UUUCGUGAAUUGUCACGGGAAAAAUUCGAUGCAACCUCACUAAAAUAAUCAAGACUUUUUUUUAUUUUGCGUUUUUAAAUUUUUUUAUUCUAUUCGUUAAUUUAAUUUUUUCUUUAACUCGUUCAAAGCUAUACCCUAUCAAACAUUGUCAUCGAUGACAAUUUGAAAUGUAUUUUUAUUAGUUGUUUUUUUUUAACAUUUACGCAUUAGGAUUGUACAAGUACGUUAUCGUGAUCUUUUGUUUUCCGGACUAACUUCUCUGUUUUAACUUUUAUUCUAUUAGUGAUAGCAAAAAUGGGCACUGGUGACGAAGAAUACGAUUAUUUGUUUAAAGUUGUUCUUAUUGGAGAUUCUGGUGUUGGCAAGAGCAACUUGUUAGCUAGAUUUACUCGCAAUGAAUUCAAUCUAGAAUCAAAGUCUACCAUUGGGGUAGAAUUUGCUACCAGGAGCAUUAAGGUAAAUAAAAAAAUAAUCAAAGCCCAAAUUUGGGAUACUGCAGGACAAGAACGAUACAGAGCUAUCACAUCAGCUUAUUAUCGAGGAGCAGUAGGUGCACUGUUGGUUUAUGAUAUUGCAAAACAGUUAACUUAUCAAAAUGUAGAGCGAUGGUUGAGUGAACUUCGUGAUCACGCUGAUCAAAACAUAGUCAUUAUGUUAGUCGGUAAUAAGUCAGAUUUGCGUCACCUAAGAGCUGUGCCAGCUGAUGAAGCUACAGCAUUUGCUGAGGCCAAUAACUUGUCAUUUAUAGAAACUUCUGCUCUUGAUUCGACCAAUGUCGAAACUGCAUUUGAAAACAUAUUAACAGAAAUCCAUCGCAAAGUAUCAGCCCGUCAAAUGGAUAGUAUGGAUGGGGACGAAAUUGACAAAGUAUGUAUGAAGCCAAUCAGGAUAGAUGCAACUACAGCAAACACAAAUGAUUCGGCUGCAUUCCAAAUUAAACAAUUCUGUUGUAAUGCGUCAGCUUGAGUAUCAAAAUUUAAGUCCACUUUUAGAUUUUAUAAGUGUUGUCCCCUUUUCCAUAUUUUAUUUUAUUAUUAUUAUUUUGCAGUACAGGUAUUUUAAUUUAAGUUAAAUUAAAAUUCUUUUACUUGCUUCUCAUUUUGGGGCUCUUAUCUCUUCAUUAUUUAAAUACAAAUUAUACUUAUAAUUCUAUGUAUGUUUAAUAUUUUCUAAUCGUUAAUUAUAUUAUUUUAUGUUUUUUUUUUUCAAAAAAUUACAAUAUUUUUAAAUAUUCGAAUUAUAUUAGUUUAGAUUCCAUUAUUGUUAUGAUACUAUUGGCAUUAUUUAAAAUUGAAAAAUUCAAACAUAUUAACAAAUGUAUUAGUAUAUUAAUUUGUUUAAUAGUAUACACUAAUCUACUUUUUUUUUUAAUCUUCCAAAAGUAAUAGCCAUUCAAUCUUUUUAUACACAUUAGAAUAUACAUUUUUAUCAGAAUAUCUAUUCCAAGUUUUAUAUUAUUUUAUUUUAUUUGGUUCUUAUCAACCUGCAAAUUGUAAUCAGUAAUAUUAUUUUAUUGUAUUGUAUAUAACAUUUUUAAAAUAAAAAUUGAUUAAUAUUAAAUCA